UCUCGCGGUCGACGAGAGUGAGAGGCAGCAGCUAGUACUCCACGCGAAAGCCCCAUCGCUGCUACUGAGAGGGAGAGGAGGCUCUGCAAGUCAACUGGACGAGCAGCAGCAGUUACUCACUGAGCAGGAGACUGCUUUCAGCACUCCGAGUCUUCCAAUAUUCACAGCUUGCCCGCAGUGAAGACGAUGCAGAGGUUACUUGCCUCGCUGUCUGUAAUCUAUGUUUGAGGCAGAAUGCUGAAACUCAUGAGCCAGUCUGCAUAUCUAGCUCCUAUCCAGACACCGGACAUUAAAUAGCGAAAGGGAGAUGAUGUUCAUAUAGUGUCCUCCGAGCCACCAUCACAGCGAAAGCAUCAGAAUUGUGUAUGAUCAGCCAUUUUCAAGCUCUUGAUAAUCUGAUAACGUGAAGGAUCUAGCUGACAUGAUGGUUUAGGAGACCGAAAGAUGGGGAGCGCGAAUAUGUUGACAGCAGCUGCAGCUGAGAGCAGUAAGAAGGUGAGCAGAGUCUGGCAAAAGGGAAGCGCUUACAUCCCCAUCGGCUCCAGCAGCUCUCGAUCCUGCAGAGCUGAUUCGAUUACGGACGAUCUGUGCAGUCCGUCCAUUUGCCAUGUUCUAAUGCUGCUGAUCAGCGUGGCCAUGUUCACCUCCACUCUCGUCCUCCUGCAGUCGCUAAGAACGAAUCAGGCCGUCUGCUUCGUUCCUCGCUUCAGCAAGUGGAGAUCCUCGCCGAGCAAUCCCGAUCUUACCCUCCAGGACAAGCUUGGUGAGGCAGACGAGCUCAAUGCGCCGAACGAUAAGGAAUGGUUGUUGAAACAAUCGGAAGAAAACGGCACGGCUUCGUGCCACAAUGCACGAACCACGCAGGCCAUGCUAUUCGGAAUCGAUCAACCUGCUUGGAGAGGUGGAAAUGUACGUCUUCAAACGAAUCAGAACCACCAAAUUCUCCUGGUCUCCUACACCGAGGAUGGCUCUCGGAGAUGCUCAGGUGGAGACUUUUACGAGACUGACCUCUCAGGUCCGAGUUGGAAGUCACGGCCGACUGUGAAGGAUCUGGGAGACGGAUCGUACUUGGUGGACCUGAAGGUGGACAGUCGACAGACGGGGCUGUACAGUUUGAAAGUGGUGCUGCUCUUCGACAAUUUGCAUGGUCUGGAUGUGAACCCGGAGCCUUGGAUCCUGGCCAAGGAAGUGGUCCAAUUGAAACUCGAGUUCAUAGAUGAGCUCAAGUCCAGCCUUUGGUCAGACCUCCAGCUCUGCAACAAGGACGAUUUCAGGCACGGCAGCUGGAGAGGACGAUGGACUCGAGCCAAAGCGAACGAGUCCUGCACUGCCGAUGAUGAGGGGAGGUUCAAGUGCCUGAAUCCUGGCGAGGAGUGUGAGCCACCUUGGUGUGAAGGGCCUGUUGGCAGCUUGGAGAGCAAUGGGUGGGUGUACUCGGCCCACUGCGCCUUCCGGAUCUUCACGCAGCAGGAAGCUUGGACGUGCCUCAGCGACAGGUGGCUCUUCUUCUGGGGCGAUUCCAACCACCAGGACACGAUUCGCAACCUGCUGAACUUCGUUCUGGGCCGUCAGGACUCCAACCUGGGCAGAACCUUCGAGUCCACCUUCUCCAAUCCCCGAAACUCCUCUCAGUUCCUCAAAAUCACCAGCUACUUCAAUGGCCACUUCACUGAGUCUGACAACAACUUGGGCCUGGCUUCUCUAGCCGACUCUGAUUACAGGCACCGUCUGAGCUCCUACUUUCUCCCCACCAAUCCUUCUGUACCCGACGCUGUCAUCCUCAACUCCGGACUCCACGAUGGCAAGCCCUGGACGAAUCUGACGCACUAUGUGCAUGGAGCCCGGCGAGCGAGCUCAUUCUGGGGGAAUUUGUGGAGAGCCUCGAGAGCAGGUUCAUCUGCCAGGCCCAAAAUGCUUUUCAGGACGACAGUUGCUCCUGCCGGCGAGUUCAGGAACAAGCCAGCGAACCCGCAGAAGAUGGAGGUGUACAACACAAUUCUGGGCGAGCUGCUGGUGUCUGAAUUCGGUCCAUCGAAUCUGCAAGUGGUAGAUGCGUACGACAUGACAUUUCCCUGGCACUUCGACAAUCAAUGCAGUGACGGAGGACACUACGGCAGGCCCCCGGCUCUGAAUUCAUGGCUGGGCAUUCGUACUGGCCAUCAUUAUUUUGUAGAUGUAAUGCUCGCUCAUGUUCUCCUAAAUGCUCUUUGUCCUCUGCAGCAAAUUGCUUAGCCGAUGCUCGACAAAGUGCAGGGGAAAUUCUCAAACAUAACAAACGUGGCGGCUAUACUACACACAAUUCGUUGAUUGCUGGUUUCUGGAAUUUCUAUGAAGUUCAUGAUCACUAACCCGUGCAUGAAUACUCAUCUGCUCUGCUGGUUCAAAUAUUGAGACUUUGUCAAAACUUCGAACGAAUUUGAUGUCUAUUUAAACACAUCUCAUGAAGACGACUUGUGAAAGGAAUAGAAAGUUAGAGUGUUUAUCCUGCUGUGCGUGCACCACCUCGACCGCAUUACAUCGAUUACUGGUGGUCACAUGGAACCAGCCAUGUAAG